GAAUUAUACAAAUUGAAGUUGAACUCCAAAUAAAUUGUUAGCAGCCAUCUUGGAAAACCCUUUUUCGCAUUUCGAACGAACGAAGUGUCAAAUAUCGAUAAUUACUUCAUCGCACGCGGUUGAACUAAAAAUUUUUAUAGGAAUUGAGCUUUCCUAGAAAAGUUAGAUUUUUUAAAACGAUCUCGAAAUUGAAAUGUAAAAAUCAAUUUCGCGCCAUAAAAUAGUAUUAUUCGAUACUUGCACUUAAAAAGCAAGAAAAAUAUAGAAGCGAGUUGCGAUACAAACAACUCGAAUAAGUAAGGGGUAGGAGAAUUUUUGUAUUGAAAGUUGGAAAUAAUAUAGGCAAGACGGCUUCGCAAAAAAAAUCGUCUAAGAAGAUGGCGGAGACCAAAGAAUUAGAGAAUAUGAUAUUGAGUUUUCGAGUGUCUGAACUUCAGAUGCUUCUUGGUUUUGCUGGUAGAAAUAAAUCAGGUAGAAAGAACGAAUUACAAGCACGUGCACUAGAAUUGUUACGUUUGAGAUCCCAUCCAAUUCAACUCAAAAUACGUGAAUUAUAUAAAUCCAUACAAGCUGAUCAAUUAGCUGCACAUCAAAUGUAUGGUCAAACAGGUAGUUCUGGGGAGCCACAAAUAGAUCAAAACAUGCAUUCCAGAAAUUAUUACACAACAAGACAAGCUAUCAGUCAACAGCAACAGUCACAGUCUUCAGUUUCUAGUGGAAAGGAUUUACCACCUGCACAUCAAGCAUCUCUACCUCAAGCACCUAGAACAAAUCCAGUCUAUCAGUCAACAGCGUAUGCCAACGUAACACCACAACAAACAACAAGUGCAGCCUAUAAUCCAUAUCCAUAUGCACCAAAAGUUUUACCAUCACCAUUGCAAAUACAACCUAGAAAUCAAUAUCCUGUUCAUCCAGAUGUUAGACUUAGAAAGCUACCUUUUUUUGAUUUAUUGGCUGAAUUGCUGAAGCCAUCUAGUUUAAUGCCCCAAGGAUCUAUGAGACUUCAAGAGAAUACAUUUAUGUUUCAUUUAACACCACAGCAGUCAACAGAUGUAGCAAGUUCACGAGAUUGUCGUGCAGGAAGUAAAAUGGAUUACACAGUACAGAUACAGAUGCGAUUUUGUUUGCAAGAAACAUCGUGUGAACAAGAGGACUGUUUUCCACCAAGCAUUGCAGUAAAAGUUAAUGGAAAACUAUGUCCUUUACCUAAUCCAAUACCUACUAAUAAGCCAGGAGUAGAACCAAAGAGGCCGCCACGGCCUGUCAAUAUUAGUCCUUUAGUUAAAUUAUCUCCUACUGUAGCGAAUCAAAUUCACGUGACGUGGUCGGCAGACUACGGCAGACGAUACGCAAUUGCGAUAUAUUUAGUUCGAAAGCUUUCAAGUGCUGAAUUAUUAUCAAGGUUAAAAAGUAGGGGAGUUCGACAUUCGGAUUAUACAAGAGGUUUAAUUAAGGAGAAACUUAACGAAGAUGCGGAUAGUGAAAUAGCGACAACAUCGCUUAGAGUAUCGUUAGCUUGUCCGUUAGGCAAGAUGCGAAUGUGUACACCAUGUCGUGCAUCGACAUGUUCACAUUUACAAUGUUUUGAUGCAUCCCUAUUCCUUCAAAUGAAUGAAAGAAAACCGACAUGGAAUUGCCCAGUUUGUGAUAAGCCAGCGUUAUAUGAUAAUCUCGUUAUCGAUGGCUACUUUCAAGAAGUGUUGAACUCUAAGAAACUAUUGCCAGAUGUAAAUGAAAUUCAAUUAUUGCAAGAUGGGUCAUGGGAAAAUUUGGUUCUAAAGAAAGAAAAGGAUAAGGAGAAGAGUGAAACAAAAGUUGUUACAAAUUCGCAAGAUCGUAAAAUCGAUGUGGAUACAGUCGACCUCGAUGAAAGCAAUCUUACACCUCCAAAGGAAAAGAAACGAGCUGUUAUUAUUGAUCUAAUAUCAGACAGUGAUGAUGAUGAUGAACGUACCACACCAACACAAAGUACAAAAAAGAUAGCUAGUGGUACUUCUUCGCCAAAGAAGUCACAAACUAGCUCCAUUAGCAGUACAAGUGAAUCACCAGAAUUGAUGAUAAUUGAUUUAGAGUAGAAUAUUUUAUAUCUAUUGCUACUAUUAAAUUGCCAAAUUUUAUAUAGGACAAAAACCAAAAUUUUGUUAGUUCUGUGAUCAUUUAAAAAAAAAAGUUACUACAUAAAGUUAAGUAUAAGUGAAUUCAUGACAUUUUUACUUUUGGUACUUAAAACUGAAAAAGAAAGGAGCAAAAUAAUAUUUCUUUUUAACUAUAACAACUUAGCAUUCCUUUGUAUAAUCAAUAUAUAUAUAUAUAUAUAUAGGGGGAGAGAGAGAGAGAGUGAGAGAGAGAGAGAGAGAGAGAGGGAGUGAUUGCAUAUUAUUUUAAUUGAUGAAAGAAAAAAAUGUAAAUUAACGUCUCGAAAAUCAAACUCAAUCUAACUAAUAAGAUACCUUAGUAUAGUUUUUCAUUAUCGAAAACAUCAUUGUGGAAUUUCAUCCAAAAUAAUAAAACUAUUUUUAUUUUGUAGUGUAAGCCUCUUAUUAACCUUGACAUGUAAAUGAAAGAGGAAAAUAAAAGGUGCAAAUAUUUAUAUUAAUAUAAAUAUGUUAAUUAUAUUACUAGCGUUAUUAAUGUAAUUAAAUUUGAGUCCUCUAGAAAUUGUUUCUUUAUUAAGUUUCUUAGUUGAUCAGGGUUAAUAAAACUGCUUAGACUAUAUUUGCUAUAGACUUUCUGUUUGUGAAAUUCGAUCUAAAGUUAUAAGGAAUAAAAUAGAUAAAAUUCAUAUAAAUAGAAUAUUAAUAAUUUAAUACUUUUGUAUUAUGGUUUUUAUACGUAAGUCAUAUGUUCCACGAAUCUCAAAGUUUAUUCGUCUUGCAUAGGCGCAUUUACAUUUGGAUACAUAUAAUUGCGAAACGAUAUUCCAGAAAGUUGUUGGUCCACAGGUUCUCUUGUAUCAUAUAAACUUGGUGCUUGAAAUAUUAUGCCAAGUGUUCCACCAGUACAUGCCAAUGUAAAAACCCAAAGAAAAAGUCUAUCUAAAACCAUAGCUACGAAUUUCCAAUCUUCUAUAACCUGAAAAUAUUAAAAAAUAUAUGAGGGAAAAUGUAUCAUAUAUUAUUUCGAGAAGUUAUAUAUAUAUAUAUACUAUUUUUAAAAAAGAAUUUUUAGAAUUGAAGCCUUAAAUUAUCAAGAAAAGUAUCAAAAGUAAAACAUGAAUAUUCAAACAAUGAAUUGUUGAAUUAUUGAUCAACUUACUUCAUUAUCCUUAUCUGCAUUUUUUAUAUGUUGAGCAAUAAAACGCACACCCUUUAAAGCUGAUAUGACAUCGGGAGACAAAUGUCGUGGCAUCGUAUUUUCACUAUCAGUGACUGCAACAGUAUCUCAUUGUUAAUGUACAUUUCAGAAACUAUUACAUGACAUUAAUUGUAAUAUAACGUGCCGCGCCAUAUACAUCCAUGAAUUAUAGGGUUACUGUUAAUUCCAAUACACGUUUAUUUAUUUCAAUCGCUAUCAUGUAAUUCUUUAUAUGUGUCAUAGAAUGCACUGUCACAAUACAUUUGAUUAAUAAAAUUUUGUAUCAAUUAUAUUA